AUGUUGAAUGACUUUGAAAUGAAGGAUCAACUGCGGAGCGAUACCAGUUCUUUGGAUGGUAAGAUCGGCGCUGACUUUCGACAGCGGGCCGUGUGUGAGGGCUGCGCGCAGAUCAUUUCAGACCGUUUCCUGAUGAGGGUCAAUGGCGCGUCCUGGCACCAGAAGUGCCUUCAGUGCGCUGCGUGCCAGCAACCGCUCACCGACACCUGCUACUUCAGAGACACAAAGCCGUACUGCAAGAGCGACUACCAACAGUUGUUUGCUGUGGAGUGCAGCAACUGUCUUGGAAAGAUAGCGCCCACAGAGUUUGUUAUGCGAGCUCUGGACAGUGUUUACCAUCUCAGCUGCUUCCGCUGCUGUGUCUGCCAGCGCCAGCUGAGUAAAGGAGAUGAGUUUGUACUGAAAGAAGGUCAGCUGCUGUGCAAGACUGACUAUGAGAGAGAGAGGGCCCUGCUCAGUACACUCAGUCCAGACAUCACAGACUCAGUAAGAGAGACCCUGGCUGCAGAGACUGGACUUAGUGUUCGUGUGGUCCAAGUCUGGUUCCAGAACCAGAGAGCAAAGAUGAAGAAGUUAGCCCGCAGACAACAGCAACAGCAGGAGCAACACAACAGCCAAAGGCUAGGCCAAGGUAUUGACUUCAUCCAUGACAUUGACAGUGAGACCUCUCUGACAAGUCUAAAUGAUUGCUUCAUGGCCACUCCAGAUGAAGCCUCUUUACAUGAAAGGGUGGGGAACACCAUUGACUGUCUUUACUCCAUGCAAAGCUCAUACUUCUUAAGACACAUCAUCAGUUUCAGUCCUUCUCAGCCCACCAUACCUCCUACCAGGCUGUGGACGGUGAGCCCACAAUAA